CUAGCCACCACCUUGCUUAUAUUCGUUGUUACUGAUAGGACCUAGCGUUUCUGGUCGACCAACAGAGAGAGAGGGAGCGGCGGAGCUAAAGUCACCAGCAGCUGCAUAUACACUACUACAAGCCGGCAAUCAUGGGGCGUAUGCACAGCAGAGGAAAGGGUAUUUCAGCUUCGGCUUUGCCGUACAAGAGGACCCCACCUAGCUGGUUGAAGACCACUACACAGGAUGUUGAGGAGAACAUCUGCAAGUUUGCCAAGAAGGGUCUGACACCCUCUCAAAUUGGUGUUAUUCUUCGUGAUUCUCACGGUAUUGCUCAGGUGAAGAGUGUCACUGGCAGCAAGAUCUUGCGUAUUCUGAAGGCUCAUGGUCUUGCCCCUGAAAUUCCUGAGGAUCUUUACCACCUGAUCAAGAAGGCUGUCUCAAUCAGGAAGCAUUUGGAGAGGAACAGGAAGGACAAGGAUUCUAAAUUUAGACUGAUUCUGGUUGAGAGCAGAAUCCAUCGCCUUGCUCGUUACUACAAGAAGACAAAGAAGCUUCCACCAGUCUGGAAGUAUGAAUCGACCACCGCCAGCACUCUUGUGGCUUAGGAAGGAUAUGAUUGGCAACAGUUUUGUUUGCUCCUGUUAAUGUACUUUUUAAGAGAGUAGUACUUAUGCUUUAAUGUCUUAUUUUCUUUCAUUUGCUUCAAGUUGGAUGACUUAAUUCAGAAUCCUGUGGAACACUCCUUCGUUGUCGAUGCGCGUUUUGGAUAUUUUUCUCAUAUUCAGCUGCAUAACUGUGCUAUCUCUCGUGUUUGUUUA